AUGGUACGUAUCGAGGAAAAAGGUAUUGACCUGGAGAGGCGCUCUCACGCAGUUUGUGCCUUCGACGCCAUGAGACCCUUGCACACCGCGUAUGCCAUGUGCUCUGACGGGGCGAAUGGUGCAAAGGCUGCGGUCACGCGGACUCGAUACGGGGACUGUGGCUCCACUACUCCGCACGAAAGAACGCACGGAGGUCACACUCUUCCUUCCGCUCUCCAAGUCCGGGAGCCGAACAAGCAAAAGCUCGGUGUCGAGGAACGUGAGACGGCCACGGAACCUGUGACCAUGUUUGCUCGGUUUGAAGUUGUCCGAUGA